AUGGAUCACCUCUGGGCGCGCCUCUGGCCUGGAGUCAGCUCUCUCUGUCUCUUGCUCGCUGGGGCUGCCUGGGCUUCCCCAGCCAAACCUCUGGACCCCAAGUUUGAAAGUAAAGCGGCCCUGCUGGCUGCCCGCGAGCCCGAAGAGCUUCUGUGCUUCACCGAACGGUUGGAGGACUUGGUGUGUUUCUGGGAGGAAGCGGCCAGCGCCGGGGUCGGCCCAGACAACUACAGUUUCUUCUAUCAGCUCGAGGGCGAGCCAUGGAAGCCAUGCAGCCUGCACCAGGCGCCCACGGCCCGCGGCGCUGUGCGUUUCUGGUGCUCGCUGCCUACGGCCGACACGUCGAGCUUCGUGCCCUUAGAGCUGCGUGUCACAGCGGUAUCCUCGGGCGCUCCACGCUAUCGCCGUAUCAUCCACAUCAAUGAAGUGGUUCUCCUGGACCCCCCCGCGGGGCUGCUGGCGCGGCGGGCCGACGAGGGCGGCCACGUGGUAUUGCGUUGGCUCCCGCCUCCCGGGGCCCCCGUGGCCAGCCUCAUCCGCUACGAAGUGAACAUCUCCUCUGGCAACGUCGCGGGGGGCGCACAGAAGGUGGAGAUCCUGGAUGGUCGUACUGAGUGCGUGCUGAGCAACCUCCGGGGCGGAACGCGUUACACCUUCAUGGUACGCGCGCGUAUGGCCGAGCCGAGCUUCGGUGGCUUCUGGAGCGCCUGGUCCGAGCCUGCGUCGCUGCUGACAGUUAGUGACUUGGAUCCCCUCAUCCUGACGCUCUCCCUCAUCCUUGUGCUCAUCCUGCUGCUGCUGGCCGUGCUCGCCCUGCUCUCCCACCGCCGGGCUCUGAAGCAGAAGAUCUGGCCUGGCAUCCCAAGCCCUGAGAGUGAGUUUGAGGGCCUCUUCACCACACACAAGGGUAACUUCCAGCUGUGGCUGUACCAGAAUGAGGGCUGUCUUUGGUGGAGCCCCUGCACUCCCUUUGCAGAGGACCCACCCGCCCCCCUGGAAGUCCUCUCUGAGCGCUGCCGGGGGGCAACACAGGCGGUGGAGCCAGGGGCAGAGGAUGAGGGACGCCUGCUGGAGCCUGUGGGCAGUGAACGUACCCAGGACACCUACCUGGUGCUGGACAAGUGGCUGCUGCCCCGGAGCCCACCCAGUGAGGCUCUCCCACGGCCUGAUGGCGGUUUGGACACAGUGGCCGUGGAUGAAGGCUCCGAAGCAUCCUCCUGCUCAUCUGCUUUGUCCCUGAAGCCCGGGCCAGAGGGGACCUUGGGUACCAGCUUUGAGUAUACCAUCCUGGAUCCCAGCUCCCAGCUCUUGCGCCCAAGGGCACUGCCCCCUGAGCUGCCCCCCACCCCACGCCACAUAAAGUACCUGUACCUCAUGGUGUCUGACUCUGGCAUCUCAACUGACUACAGCUCAGGGGGCUCCCAGGGAGCCCAGGGGGACUCAUCCAAUGGCCCCUUCUCGAAUCCUUAUGAGAACAGCCUCAUCCCAGGCGCUGAGCCUUCACCUCCCAGCUACGUGGCCUGCUCCUAGGACUCCAGUCCAGCCCUCAGAUGCUUGACCUACAUGACCUCAACUACUAGUCCAGGCCUAAGACUCAUCGAGCAGGGUUGGUGAGGCCUCUCUCAGGACUAGGGGCACUGCGAACCUCGGCUUUCUGCCCAAUCCAUCCUGCUCAGUACAUCCUUUCGGUAUUUUAAAGUGUAUAGAGCUGUGUGUGUGUAUGUGUGUAUGCAUGUUAUGUGUAUUUUUUUUUUCUCAUCAUGACUUCUGCAAACAUCCUGUAAGCCCCAUCCUUCCCAGGGCCCAGGCCAUAGGGGCAGCAGAAAAAGGCCUCGAGCUCUGUCUGAAUUCUGGAUCGGGCAACGUGAAUAAUAACCAUAAUAAAAUGAAUCAGUCAGUAUAUGUUA